AUGGUGGAGCAGACUGGACCCAUAGUGGACCAGACUGGACCCAUGGUGGAGCAGACUGGAUCCAUGGUGGAGCAGACUGGACCCAUGGUGGAGCAGACUGGAUCCAUGGUGGACCAGACUGGACCCAUGGUGGAGCAGACUGGACCCAUGGUGGAGCAGACUGGACCCAUGGUGGAGCAGACUGGACCCAUGGUGGAGCAGACUGGACCCAUAGUGGACCAGACUGGACCCAUGGUGGAGCAGACUGGACCCGUGGUGGAGCAGACUGGACCCAUGGUGGAGCAGACUGGACCCGUGGUGGAGCAGACUGGACCCGUGGUGGAGCAGACUGGACCCAUGGUGGAGCAGACUGGACCCGUGGUGGAGCAGACUGGACCCGUGGUGGAGCAGACUGGACCCAUGGUGGAGCAGACUGGACCCAUAGUGGACCAGACUGGACCCAUGGUGGAGCAGACUGGACCCAUGGUGGAGCAGACUGGACCCGUGGUGGAGCAGACUGGACCCAUGGUGGAGCAGACUGGACCCAUGGUGGAGCAGACUGGACCCAUAGUGGACCAGACUGGACCCAUGGUGGAGCAGACUGGACCCAUGGUGGAGCAGACUGGACCCGUGGUGGAGCAGACUGGACCCGUGGUGGAGCAGACUGGACCCGUGGUGGAGCAGACUGGACCCAUAGUGGACCAGACUGGACCCGUGGUGGAGCAGACUGGACCCGUGGUGGAGCAGACUGGACCCGUGGUGGAGCAGACUGGACCCGUGGUGGAGCAGACUGGACCCGUGGUGGACCAGACUGGACCCGUGGUGGACCAGACUGGACCCGUGGUGGAGCAGACUGGACCCGUGGUGGAGCAGACUGGACCCAUAGUGGACCAGACUGGACCCGUGGUGGAGCAGACUGGACCCGUGGUGGAGCAGACUGGACCCGUGGUGGAGCAGACUGGACCCAUAGUGGACCAGACUGGACCCAUGGUGGAGCAGACUGGUCAGAGCUCUUCAUGGUCAGGCGCCUGA